AUGGCGCCGCAAAAUUCGACAAAGAAGAAGCUCAAGACGCGCAGCAAGGCACCGCGAUCCGUGCAAUUGCUGGAAGUCGAGGAUGAUGAUGCGAGAGAAUCCCGAUUAGGGAAUCUUCUUGAGCAAAAAGCGUCUGAACAUUUACGGUCAUCAUCAGCAACUAAAGCCCGAAGUGAUAGCUGGAACACUCAACGGGAAUUACCACUUCGACUGGGGCGGUUGAAUGAACCGUUGCCCACGAUGGAGACAACUUCGAAUCUGAUUUCUCGAUUGGAUGCGUUCUUGCCCUCUCUGAAGGCGUCAAAUGACGCGCUAAUAGAUCAAGCGGCUCGGGAUCCCAACAGCAUUGACAUCGAGCAUCUUACACCGACCGAGGAGGGUAUGGUCCCAGCACACAUUGAAAUGAACCUGGGGCUGGGUGUAUUCACUGUGAAAAGGGGCGGCGAUGCGUCAACCGCAGAGGAUUCAAAUGGCGAAGAUAAUGGCGAAGACGACAGCGACGGUGAAGACGGUGAUGAAGGCACUGAGAGUGACGCCACAAGUGAGGUCCAAUCGGAAUCAUCUGACGGCCAUGGCGGUAGUGGAGAAGGCGCGAACAACUCGGGAGCUCAGCUAGCUUUAUCAGACCAAAACGAACACUCUACACCUGAGAUGGUUCGUGACGCUGAUGUAGCCCCUCCAGAUGUGCGGUAUCGACCUCCGGCGGCGUAGCUAGUAUCUCCAUCGGGAGAAC